UGGCCAGCAGCAGUACCAAGCCUACGCAUUCUGGUUGCUAUGGGUACCGAUGCAACGCGGUAACCAAGGGGACCAAAGCGGAAGCUCCAGGCGGCAGUGGCAGCAGCUGCUGCAACAAGAGUCGCCGGAAGUUUUCUGAAGCUUUGAUAGUCUUAAGACAACAUUAAGAGACAAAUAAUCAUGAACACCAAAGAUUUUGUAGUUAUUCCCUGGGGAAAACCUGGAAAUUCUGUAAAACUAAAAUAUAAAAAUGCUCAGGAACUGCAAAUGGAGAAAAUUCAGCUAGAACUGGAGAACCAGAAGAUGGAAAAGAAAUUUCGAGAAUUCCAAUCUACAUGGAACAAGAGAAAGGAAGAAGUUAAGUCAAGUGGAUAUCACUGGAAAUCUGGAAGUGUGGGCAAAUUGAGUAACCUGUCACACCUAACAUCACAAAGUAAAGGGAAUGCUACUAAGCUCCCUGUUGGAAAUGUGAAAUUAAAGUUACUAAAAGAACAGAUUCAAGCACCAGCGAAACAACUAGUUAAUUACAAAAUGGCACAUUCUUUUGGAAGUGAAAAGCCCAAGACUAAAAGAAAAGUUUGUGGACAGUGUGAGAACAAAGCUGCUCUCCUUGUAUGCCUGGAAUGUGGGGAAGACUAUUGCUCAGGAUGCUUUGCUAAAAUGCACCAGAAGGGGGCACUGAAGUUCCACAGAACAACUCUUAUACAGGCAAAAUCUCAAAUCUUAUCCAGUGUGUUAGAUGUUGCUCAUCAGUUUAUAAAGGAAGUAAAUCCACCUAAUGAAGGGAAUACUUCUACAGAAGCAUCCAGUAAAACUCAGAAGAAACCCAAAGCCCUACUUCUUCAGGAGAACAGCUCUGAGGUAGAAACUAGAACAGCAGAAGGAGGAGAAGGUGCAAAUUCAAAAUACAAUCCCUUGUAUGAAACAACUUUUGAUGAAGAAGCAUCUGCCCAGUCCUUCCGGGAAGCCUUAAAUCAGUGGAGAGCUGGACAUCAGGAGGGAAACACACAACAGAACUCACAUGCAACAAAACCAGUGUUUAUUUUUAUAGACUCAGUGGAAGAAUGUGAAGUACAAACUAAUUUGAAAAUUUGGACAGAACCAAUAAAUAUUGAAUUUACAGAAGACAGUCUGUCCUACAUGGAAAAAUUAUGGCUUAAAAAACACAGAAGAACUCCACAGGAGCAACUUAGGAACAUACUACCAAAUACAUUCCCACAUCCCCGUGAAGCUACUAUGGAGGAACAGAGCUCCCCGGAAGAAAAUGAUGCUGAUAGUGACGUUGAGGAGAUCAAAGUAAAAUAUCCACCUCUUUUUAUGCCAGUAGAAAAAGUGAAUAUAGAGAGGCCUCCGCCAUCUCUAACGAUAGUAGAACUGGAUGGUACUCAUGAAGCAGAAUGUGAAGAACCAGAGAAUGCUGUGCCUUACAGAGUUGAAUUAGCUGAUGCCGAGAGUCAGUUAAGUUCUACAAUUCCUGAUUAUCGGAAUUGCUUUCCACGUGAAAAUGACAUCCAUCAGCACCUUGUUUUCAACAAGGUAACAAAAGACCUCUUAAGUUUUUGUUUGAGAACGAAUUCUGCAUACCAUAAGGAUGAUUUCAAAGGAUCUUCAAAUACAAAUUUUGGCAAUACUGUGGAGUCUGGUAUUUAUUCUCAUGAGUUCAAAAAAAUAGAAGAAACCAGUUCUUUUGAACAAAAUGUAGCAGAAAAAAAUAUAGACCCAGGAAACCACCAAAAUUCUGGUGAUUCCUGUACGUCAUUUUGGAGCAAGGGUUCCUUGACAACUGUAGAUUUAGAUACAUCAUUCAUUGAGGAGAAUUCAUCUCAAGACACUAGCACAUCCUUGGAAUACAGCAAUCUGAAAGAGAGGCCAAACUUGGAAGAUUCAAAAACUACAAAGUCACCACCGCUGUUGCAAGAAAUAGCCCUCAGAAAAAAACCUAUAAAUGAGCGAUAUCAAGGGCUUGAGAAGUUCUUCGCUCCUGGUACAAAUGAAAGAUUCGACUCCCACCCUUCACCAAACAUAGGAUGCAGCCACUCAUGUUCCAGCAUAACAUUCACAGAAGACAAAGUGUGGAUCCCAGACAGCAGCUUAAGUGGGCAUGCUGGUAGUGCAGUUGCCUUGUAUGAUCAGCAGAGCGCUGAAAAUCCACUUCCAAAUAUGCAAGAGCAGAAGACAGGCCAGAAGUCACAGAGACCUUCCACAGCAAACUUCUCUGUCUCCAACUCUGCUCGAAAAGGCUCCAGCUGCUGGGUGUCCUCUUCUCCCCGACCAAGGAGUGUGGCCACUCAAUCCCUAUCCAGAGCUGCUUCUGAAAUUUCAGAAAUUGAAUACAUAGAUGUCACUGACCAGAAUGAGCCUUUCCUAGAUAACACUGAAGAUCAACAAGCCUUAGACAGAUUGGAGAAAGAAUUAAAUGUACUGAGAAACCUUGCAGUUAUAGGACCCAAGGCUUUGUCAACCAAGCAUUGUACCUCUUACCCUGUGCUCCAUGGAAUCUCAAACCAAACUUCAACUCCUGCAAACAUUAAAAAAAUUGAUCCUUCAGAACAACUUCAAAGUCUACCCUCAGAAGAUUUACAGACCUUCACCCACCAUCCUCUGAACUUCAGCCAGAUGUCCGAAGACCUCCUUGAGAUGUCAUGUGAGAAUGAUGCCUGUAAGACUGAGUCCAGCUCUUCUGGAAGAAACACCGAAAUGCAGUCUUUGCUGUCACUUGGUGACUACAGUACAGAUGAGGAAGAGGAAGAUUUUCUUGUUAAGCAAUGUAUCACUACACUACCGUGGGCGAAGAACGUGUAACAGUUCAUUACUUCUCCAUUUUGUACCCAGAAUAAACCAAGCAACUGAGUGAUUAACUUGUGCAGGUGUUGGCGAGUAUUCGCAUCGCUGAUGUUUUUAAGCUUGAAAAAAAAAAGGGUAGUAAUGUUAAAAGCUUAAGGUCCUUUUCUUCCAGACACCAUAUUGUAUGUCAAACAUUCAUCUUUAUUGCAGAUGACACUGGUAAUGGUAAAUUUAUGUCAAUGAAAUUUACUAUAGAAAAGAAUACUAUGGUGUUUAAGCUAAUUAAUGUUUCUUAUUUAAUUAUAUUUGAGAAUUACAUCAAAAAGUAUAUUCUCUAUGGCCAUGUCAUCACAUUGUCAUCAACUGAGCUUAAAAUUACGAUGCUUUUACCUGUGAUUUUUUUUUUCCCACUUUGGAUGCUGAAUAAUGGCGGCUUCUAAAGUUUCUCUAAAUUGAGACUUCUAAAGUUGACACAAAGAGGAAAAUAAGAUGUAAAAUAAAAUGGCUUUAAUAUUUGUUUUAGUUCCAGUACAUUUUAAAAAGAGACCUCUAAGCACCUUUGUUUGGGACAAUCAAUGAAUUAGUAGAUUUCAUGUGCCAGUUUGACAAGUCUGCAGUGCUCAGACAUUAUUACAGAUGUUUCUGGGAGGCAAUUUUUGAUGAGAAUAACAAUUCCAUCACAAAGGUAUGGGUAAAGCAGAUUAUUCUGGACAAUGUAGAUGGGACUCAAACACCUUAAGAAUAAAUAAUUUCCUCUAAAGGAGAUAAAAUUAUGCCUUUGGUCUCCCUUCUGGCAACAGCUUUACCUGCAGUUCUUCUUUGGGUCUCCAACCUGCUCAUUGGCAAUUUUGAGUUAGCGGUGCAUCUUUAUGAAUUGAUUGCCCCCCCUCCCCACACACACAUGAAGUUCCACCACCACCUAUGUGGUUCCUAUGUCUCUAGACAACCCUAAUAUAGGCUGUUUGAAAGGUGGUCAUUGCUGUAAGAGGACAUAACCUAUUGUCUGUUUCCUGCUGCUCUUCCCUAGAUCUAGAUGUUGAGAUUUGUGACUGUUGGGAGAUUUUUAUGUAAUAUUGAAGCUGACAUAUUCAAGAAAUGGCAAGGAAAGACAUGGGGGGUAGCAUAGUGGUUGAUAUUUUCUGUCCUUUUAUCCUUUUACAGCAGUUUCUCCUGAUUUUUUGAGUUUGUUGAUUUAAGAAAAAGUAUUGCUGUUUGGUUGUGUUUCUACCAAAUAUAUUUACUUAUUCAUGUUUGA